GAAACAAUGAGCUCAACACAGAAGGACCAACAUGGAGCGAGAAGUCAGCGCUCUCAGGAGGCCGACAAACCUCAGAGAAGAAAGAGAGAGAAAACAUACACCUGUGACAAGUGUGGGAAGGAUUUUAUUGGGAAGACUAAACUAAAACGUCAUCAGGUCAUCCACACUGGAGAGAGACCAUUCAGCUGUGACUUGUGCGGAAAGUCUUUUUCCUGGAAGGAAUCCCUAAAACAUCACCAACUCAUCCACAGUGGAGUUAAAGCGUACAGCUGUGAUCAGUGUGGCAGAGCUUUUACUUGCAGUAGCAGCUUACAGAGGCAUCUAGUUACCCACUCUGGAAUUAAGGCAUACAGCUGUGACAUUUGUGGAAAAAACUUCAGUCACAUAGGGGACCGAAAUACACACCUACGCAUUCACACCGGACAUGGUGUCUACUGCUGUGAACAGUGUGGCAAACACUUUGCUAAACACACACACUUACAACGCCACAUGUUUACCCACACUGAGGAGAGACCUUAUAAAUGUGACCAGUGUGAGAAUACUUUUAAAGCUCCACAUUGCCUGAGAGAACACCAACAGAUCCACACCAGAAAGAGACUCUCCAAGCGCAGUUACUGUGAGGACCAACAUGGAGCGAGAAGUCAGCACUCUCAGGAGGCCGACAAACCUCACAGAAGAAAGAGAGAGAAAACAUACACCUGUGACAAGUGUGGGAAGGAUUUUAUUGGGAAGACUAAACUAAAACGUCAUCAGGUCAUCCACACUGGAGAGAGACCGUUUAGCUGUGACUUGUGCGGAAAGUCUUUUUCCUGGAAGGAAUCCCUAAAACAUCACCAACUCAUCCACAGUGGAGUUAAAGCGUACAGCUGUGAUCAGUGUGGCAGAGCUUUUACUCACAGUAGCAACUUACAGAGGCAUCUAGUUACCCACUCUGGAAUUAAGGCAUACAGCUGUGACAUUUGUGGAAAAACUUUCAGCCAAAUAAGGCACCGAAAUACACACCUACGCAUUCACACCGGACAUGAUGUGUACUGCUGUGAUCAGUGUGGCAGACAGUUUACAGCAGACGCACAUUUACAACAACACAUGUUUACCCACAGUAAGGAACGAUAUAAAUGUGACCUGUGUGAGAAGACUUUUAAAUCUCCACAUCACCUGAGACAACACCAAGAGAUCCACACCAGAAAGAGACUCUCCAAGUGCAGUUACUGUGAGAAGCAGAGCGACACAGAUGGAUCCAGUUCUCAACCCUGUCAUCACCGUGGUGGUGGGAAAGACUUUCGUUGUGACCUCUGUGGAAAAACCUUCAGUUGGCAAGGCUCCCUAAAAAGACAUCAACGUAGACACACUGGAGACAAACUGAAAUACUGCAAAGAAUGUGGAAGAAGCUUCACCACAUCAAGUGACUUAAAACAACAUGAACUGAUUCACAGUGGGGUUAAAAAGCACCUCUGUGAUCAGUGUGGAUCAUCCUUCACCACUGCAUGUGGGCUUAAAAAACACAAACGAGUCCACACAGGAGAGAAACCAUACAAGUGCAGACACUGUGACAGAAGCUUCUCACGAUCAGGUAGUCGUAACUAUCAUGAACGUACACACAUGGAAGGAAACUACAGCUGUGACCAGUGUGACAAGAGCUUCAGGAAUCUCAGUUCAUACUCCAAACACAAACGAUCCCACGUUACUAAUAAACUGUUUCACUGUUACCAAUGUGCCAAGACAUUCACUUCAUUAGUUCAGAUGGAAUCUCCUGUAAAGAUCUGA